AUGUCCCUCCGCCUCCUCACCCGCGCCACUUCGCGCGUCGUCACCCCCGCCCGCCUCGCGCGGCCCCUCGCCCGGACGCUCGUCACCCCCUCGACGCCCGCCACAGCGAGUGUCACUGAGGCGCCCAAGGCCAAUUCUGAGGCUGCGUCUGAACCCGCUCCCUCAGGUGGCUUCAAACUCGAGCCUCGCCAGACCCGCGGCGGCCAUGUCAACGGCCGGCCAAUCUACCUCGACGCCCAGGCAACGACGCCGAUGGACCCGCGCGUGCUCGACAAGAUGCUCCCCCUCCUCACGGAGCAGUACGGUAACCCCCACUCGCGCACACACGCGUACGGAUGGGAGGCCGAGGAGCUGGUUGAGAACGCGCGUGAGGAGGUUGCCAAGCUCAUCAACGCCGGACCCAAGGACAUGGUCUUCACGUCGGGCGCCACCGAGAGCAACAACAUGAUCGUCAAGGGCAUUGCCAACUUCCACAAGUCAAAGAAGAAGCACAUUAUCACCACCCAGACCGAGCACAAGUGCGUGCUCGACUCGUGCCGUUUCCUCCAGACCCAGGGCUUUGAGGUGACCUAUCUUCCUGUUGGACCGACUGGUCUCGUGUCGCUCGAGGACCUCAAGCGCGAGCUGCGGCCCGACACUUCGCUUGUCUCGAUCAUGAUGGUCAACAACGAGAUUGGCGUCAUCCAGCCCAUGGCUGAGAUCUCGCAGGUUCUCAAGGAUUAUGCCAAGGAGCACGGCGUCACCAAGGCUCUGCUGCACACGGACGCCGCACAGGCUGUUGGCAAGAUCCCCGUCGACGUCGAGGCCAUGGGCAUCGACGCCAUGUCGAUUUCCGGCCACAAGAUCUACGGGCCCAAGGGUGUUGGCGCGGCUUACGUUCGCCGUCGCCCGCGUGUGCGCCUCGAGCCCCUCAUCCACGGCGGUGGUCAGGAGCGUGGUCUGCGUUCCGGCACCGUUCCCGCACCUAUCGUCGUUGGUCUCGGUGAGGCAGCGCGCCUUGCGCGCGAGGAGAUGGCCGCCGACCACGCCCACGUGAGCCGGCUCAGCAACCGCCUCAUCGAGGGUAUCAACGCCAAUGUCGGGCAUGUUGUGCGCAACGGCGACCCCGAACACAGCUACCCUGGCUGUGUCAACAUUUCAUUCGCGUACGUCGAGGGCGAGUCGCUCCUCAUGGCGCUCAAGGACGUUGCGCUGUCUUCUGGAAGCGCGUGCACGUCGGCAUCGCUUGAGCCGUCCUACGUCCUGCGCGCCCUUGGCGCCAGUGACGACAUGGCACACUCGUCGCUCCGUUUCGGUAUUGGCCGCUUCACGACCGACGAGGAAAUCGAAAUGGUCAUCAAGCGCAUCUCGACCGUGGUCAAGAGGCUCCGUGACAUGAGCCCGCUGUGGGAGAUGGCAGUCGAGGAGGGCAUUGACCUGAGCACCAUCGAGUGGUCGGGCCACUAG